AUGGGGGCGGCCUCGUCCGCCCGCCUGCCCGCCUGCCUCCUCCUCCUCCUCCUCCUCCUCCUCCUCCUCCUCGAUCGUAGCUGCAGCAGCCGCCGAGGUCCGGGCAGGCGUGCUCGUGCUCGGCCUCCUCCGCCCUCCCCCCACCACGCGCCGCGCCGCGCCCCGGCUCCGCUCCACCCACCGCCUUGGCUCGGCCCCUUCCUCGCCUCAGCCGCCCCCCAACCCCCACCACCCAGCUUCAACCCCCGCCUCUCCAGCCCAGGCCCCCAACAGGCCCGCGCCUGCCGGCGCCCCGACCCAUGCCUGGCCGGAGCCCGAGCCCGAGCCCCCGCCCCCGCUGCCAACCUCGCGCCUCCCUCACACGCAGCCCGGAGGCGGCCCCGCGAGCCGAGCUGGCCAGAACCAGCCCCGAUCGCCCGGCCCCAUCGGCUCCGCCUAACCUAG